AUGAGCGGCGCCCCCAAACAGAGCUUCGUCGAAGCAUGCGGAAACGGCGACUUACCACUAGCUCAAAGCAUUAUGCAGGAUCACAGCGACCUCAAGGCACAGCAGAAACGUUAUGUGUAUCCUGACGCUUUGAUGAGGCACGCAGUUAAUGAGGCAGCCUGGAACAAUCACGCACAUGUUGUGGCCUUCUUAUUCGACAACGGAGCUAGGAUUACCGAUUCAUUUGUCCUUGCUGUAUCUAAACGCCACAGCAAAACGAUGUUGGAAGAAAUCCUCAAGAGAGGGUGUGACAUCAACACAGUGGAGCCGGGCGUGACCUUGCUGACGCUAUCCACCGGACACAUUGAGUGGAUGGAGGUGCUGUUACAACACGGAGCAGACCCCAAUGUCAAAGACUCGAGGGGAUGGACAGCGCUUCACUCGGCUGUGGCCGAGCCAUCGCUGAAUUCCUGUCAGCUCCUCCUUGAACACGGUGCUGUAUUGCCAGCAGACAUACUCCAGUCUGCCAUAGAUUCUGAUCACACAGAUACAAGAAUGGAUAUGGUCAAAUAUCUCAUCGACAAAGGGGCUCAACUCAACUAUGUCCGCGACAUCAAAAUAGGCUACAAGAUCUGGCAAGGAUCCCCUCUACAUGUUGCCGCUGGUACAAAUCGACUUGACAUUGCUCAGCUUCUGCUGAGUGCAGGGGCAGAUCCCAGCGUCAAGUACUGGGACAAUACGCCGGCCGACACAGCCAAAGAGUUGGAAUACAUGGAUAUGUAUAAUCUGCUUAAUACAGAUACAGCCCCCGAAACAAUGAUAGUGUCGGUCGCAAAGAUGGCCACGUGA